AGAGAGAGAGAGAGAGAGAGAGAGGACGAGGAGAAGAGAAAACGAACCAUAAUAAAAUUAAUUCAAAAGGUGAUCUUUUUCGCCAAAAAAUCGAUUUGAAUUCUUAAUAUAAACACACAACCUCGAGAGAUUGUUGGGUUUGAGGGAAAGUUUUGUUAGGUUAAGUGGGCUGGAUUCGGGUUUCUUGUUUUUACUUCUCUUUUGGUGAAGAUUUGAGUUGAGACCAACUUCAUAUUUUUUGUAUGUGAAGCAUCAAUGGCGAAAGAUCAAUCAACUGUUGUUAAGGAUACUAUUUACAAAUUACAACUUUCUCUUCUCGAGGGCAUCCAAAAUGAGGAUCAAUUAUUUGCAGCUGGAUCUAUAAUGUCGCACAGUGACUAUGAAGAUGUUGUUACUGAACGAACGAUAGCGAACCUCUGUGGUUACCCUCUCUGUGGCAAUUCUUUGCCAUCUGAUCGCCCUCAAAAAGGCCGAUAUCGUAUUUCUUUGAAGGAGCAUAAAGUUUAUGAUCUACACGAGACGUACAUGUAUUGCUCUUCUAGUUGUGUUAUUAAUAGUCGAACUUUUUCUGGGAGCUUGCAAGAAGAGAGAUGCUUGGUUUUGAAUCCAGCAAAACUUAAUGAGGUUUUGAUGUUGUUUGAUAAUUUUAGUUUGGGUUCUGAGGGUAGUCUGGGGAAGAAUGGGGAUUUGGGUUUUUCAAAUUUGAAGAUCGAGGAGAAAACAGAAAAAGUUGAGGGAGAGGUUUCUUUUGAACAAUGGAUUGGUCCUUCAAAUGCAAUUGAAGGGUAUGUUCCACAACGGGAUCGUAAUUCAAAGUCCUUACCAUUGAAAAAUCACAAAGAAGGGCUAGAAGCUAACACUACCAAACAAAGUAGUAAAGAAGAUUUUAUCAUCGAUGACAUGGAUUUCACAAGCUCCAUUAUCACUCAAGAUGAAUAUAGCAUUUCAAAAACUCCCUCAGGCUUGACAGACACCAACACUGAUAAAAAAACUCAGAAACCAAAAGCAAAAGGAUCUCAUAAAGGCUCUAAGGGAUCAAAAGCUAAAGGUACUAAACAAAGUAGUAAACAAGAAUCUUUCAUCAAUGACAUGAACUUCACAAGCACCAUCAUUAUCACUCAAGAUGAGUAUAGCAUUUCAAAAAGUCCCUCAGGUUUGGCAGGCACUACUUCCAAAACAAAAAUACAGAAACAGAAAGAAAAGGUAUCUCAGAAAAGCUCUGAGAAUCAAUCUUCUGCUACUAGAAAGGUUGGUUCUAGUAAGACAUCAAGGAAGGUGAAAGAAGAUAGAAGUAAAGUAGCCAUAAAAGAUGAGCUUAGCAGUCAAGAUCUGUCUUCACCUUUUGAUUCCUGUCAAACCAGUUCCAUUACAAUUACUACUGAAGCUAAAGAAAAAUCUGUGUCUGAAAAAGCAGCUAAACCGGUUGAAUCAUCACUCAAGCCCUCUCUUAAAACUUCUGGUGCGAAGAAAUUAACUCGCUCUGUUACUUGGGCUGAUGAGAAAGUUGGUAGUUCUGGAAGUAGAGAUCUUUGCGAGGUUAGGGAAAUGAAAGAUACAAAAGCAGGUCCUGAGAUUGUAGACAAUAUAGACAAGAGAGAUGAUGGUUAUGUAUUAAAAUUCGAAUCAGCUGAAGCAUGUGCUAAAGCUUUGAGCCAGGCUGCUGAAGCUGUUGCAUCUGGAGAUGCUGAUGCCAGUAAUGCUCUGUCUGAAGCUGGACUCGUCAUAUUACCUCAACCGCAUGAUUUGGAUCAAGGGGAUCCCAUGGAGGAUGUUGAUGUGCUUGAUGAAGAAUCCUCAACUAUUAAGUGGCCAGGAAAGCCUGGGAUUCCACAAUCUGAAUGCUUUGAUCCUGAGAACUCAUGGUAUGAUGCUCCUCCUGAAGGUUUCAGUUUGGAGUUAUCCUCUUUCGCGACAAUAUGGAUGGCUCUGUUUGCAUGGGUCACAUCAUCCUCUUUGGCAUAUGUAUACGGCAAAGAUGAAAGUUCCCAUGAGGAAUACUUGAUGGUUAAUGGGAGGGAGUACCCUCGGAAGAUUGUCUUGGGAGAUGGUCGCUCCUUUGAAAUCCAGCAAACUAUUGAGGGUUGUCUUGGUCGGGCUUUCCCUGUUGUUGUUGCUGAUCUCAGGCUACCAAUACCUAUAUCUACAUUGGAGCAAGGAGCGGCGAACUUGUUGGGUACAAUGUCCUUUGUUGAUGCAGUUCCAGCAUUCAGAAUGAAACAGUGGCAAGUUAUAGCGCUUCUCUUCAUUGAAGCUCUCUCUGUAUGCAGGAUCCCAGCACUCAUUUCAUACAUGGAUAAUAGGAGAAUGGUGAUUCAGAAGGUGGUAGAUGGUGUCCGCAUGAGUGCAGAAGAGUACGAGGUCAUGAAGGAUCUCAUGAUACCUCUUGGCCGAGCACCUCAGUUUUCGCCUCAGAGUGGAGCAUAGUGUGGUUUGAGAAUAUUUUAUUGUGGGCAUCCGAGACAUUUUUAAAUUCUGAUUCUCUGUAAGAUUCAGACAUCGAAGACAUCCUUAAAUUAGGAGGUUAAUUUUGUUUACUAGUGAAAUGUAAUGUUGAUUGUGUAUCAACCUUUUGUAAAUAUACUCCCAGACUCGAUCACAACUUUUACACUUGACAAGGAGGAAAAUAAAAUCUGGCCAGUCAAUCUUUUUUUAUGGAUUA